AUGAUGGAUGAAAACUAUGAUAUUAAUUGUGAGAGACAAAAUCCAGCUUUGAAAGAGCAAGUGGGAGGUAUGAUGGAAAGCAAUAUUAACACCACUGAUGAGGUUAGUGCCGAGGAGGACAAACCUCAAGGUAUCUUCACAACUGCACUAUAUCUUGCUGCGGAGGCUAAGAACACUUCUGCAAUAUCCUGGCUGCUCAAAUGGUCUCCGACUAAGGUAAAAGACAUCUUAGAAGCAGAUUCAUCCAAUUAUGGUACUACAGCUCUGCAUGGAGCUGCCACUAUUGAAAACCCUGCCAUUGUUUUAAAAUUGCUUGAGGAGCUGAGUGAUCAUGCAAAGCAAGUUAAUGUUGUUGAUAAAGAUGGCAAUACUCCCUUGCACACUGUUGUGAAACGACAGAACGUGAAAGUGAUACAAGCGCUCUUACGGACAGGUGCGGAUCCAUGCCAAAAGAAUAUCAAGGGGGAGGCGCCAUUACACAUUGCAGUCAAAAAAGGUGGCAACCUUGAAGUUCUGCUCUACCGCGUAGCCGAGGUGGACACCCCUGACUUGGAGAAGGGCCAGACUCCUCUGCACCUUGCAGUCAUAAUGCACCUGCAGCUUAUAAAGGAGUUGGAGUGA